GGCGGCGGCCAACGGCCCAGUCUUGCGCCAGCGUUCGCUGCGGGCCGUGUAUGUGCUCAAUGAUAAUCCCAAAGGCGGCUCGGGGGCGCGGAGCCCUGAAGCCGGGGCGCUGCUGUGCCUGGUGCGCGCUUGCGAGGCCGAAGGAGCCCAGCUCACCACGGUCAACUUUGGCGAGUUGGAUUUUGGCGAGACGGCCGUGCUGGACACUUUCUACGACGCGGAUGUUGCAGUCGUGGAUAUGAGUGAUUUUUCCAGACAGCCAUCCUUAUUCUACCAUCUUGGAGUACGUGAAAGCUUUGACAUGGCCAAUAAUGUUAUACUCUACCACGAUACUGAUGCUGAUACCGCUCAGUCACUGAAGGAUAUGGUGUCUCAGAAAAACACAGCUUCAAGUGGCAACUACUACUUCAUUCCAUAUAUUGUAACACCUUGUGCCGAUUAUUUUUGUUGUGAAAGUGAUGCCCAGCGGAGAGCCUCUGAAUACAUGCAACCUAAUUGGGACUCUAUCCUGGGACCUCUCUGUGUUCCACUCAUGGACAGGUUUAUCAACCUUCUCAAGGACAUCCAUGUCACAUCAUGUACAUACUAUAAGGAAACUUUGUUAAAUGACAUUAGGAAAGCUAGAGACAAGUAUCAAGGAGAAGAACUGGCAAAGGAACUGGCCAGGAUAAAACUUCGUAUGGAUAAUACUGAAGUCCUGACUUCUGACAUUGUAAUCAAUUUACUUCUGUCAUAUCGAGAUAUCCAGGACUAUGAUGCUAUGGUCAAGCUUGUGGAGACACUGGAAAUGCUCCCUACUUGUGAUCUGGCUGAUCAGCACAAUAUCAAAUUUCACUAUGCAUUUGCACUGAAUCGAAGGAACAAUACAGGGGAUCGGGGAAAAGCACUGCAAGUGAUGCUGCAGGUCCUGCAGACAUGUGAUCAUCCAGCACCGGAUAUGUUCUGCCUCUGCGGGAGAAUCUACAAGGAUAUCUUCCUCGAUUCAGACUGUAAAGACACUAGUAGCCGAGAUAGAGCUAUUGAAUGGUAUCGUAAAGGAUUUGAGCUUCAGUCAACUCUGUAUUCUGGAAUUAACCUUGCAGUUUUGCUGAUUGUUGCAGGGCAGCAGUUUGAAACCUCCAUGGAACUUAGGAAAAUAGGUGUGCGAUUAAACAGUUUGUUGGGAAGAAAAGGGAGUUUGGAAAAAAUGAACAACUACUGGGACGUCGGGCAAUUCUUCAGUGUAAGCAUGUUGGCUAGUGACAUUGGCAAAGCAGUGCAAGCAGCAGAGAGACUGUUUAAACUGAAACCACCCUUUUGGUAUUUGAAGUCCUUAGUACAGAACCUGAUGUUAAUUCAGCGUUUCAAGAAACUCACCAUAGAACACUCUCCUAGACAAGAGAGAUUGAACUUCUGGUUAGAUAUCAUUUUUGAGGCAACCAAAGAAACCACCAAUAGCUUGAGAUUCCCUGUGUUAGUGAUAGAACCAACUAAGGUAUAUCAGCCUGCCUAUGUUUCAAUCAACAAAGAAGCAGAAGAGAGAACUGUUUCCCUUUGGCAUGUGUCUCCUACAGAAAUGAAACAGAUUCAUGAAUGGAAUUUUACAGCAUCAUCUAUUAGAGGAAUAAGCAUAUCUAAAUUUGAUGAACGAUGUUGUUUUCUGUAUGUCCAUGACAAUUCUGAUGACUUUCAAAUCUACUUUUCUACAGAGAGCCAGUGUAGUAGGUUCUGUGGUUUGGUUAAAGAGAUUUUAACCGAUGCUGUAGGAAGUACCCUGGAACUUGAAGGAGAGAUUGAUGGUGACACGUUGGAAUAUGAAUAUGACUAUGAUGAGAAUGGGGACAGAGUGGUGUUAGGCAAAGGAACUUAUGGGAUAGUUUAUGCUGGAAGAGAUCUUAGCAAUCAAGUCCGAAUAGCUAUCAAAGAAAUACCAGAAAGAGACAGCAGAUAUUCUCAGCCACUGCAUGAAGAAAUUGCCCUCCACAAAUAUCUAAAGCAUCGAAACAUUGUCCAGUAUCUUGGUUCUGUUUCUGAAGAUGGAUAUAUUAAAAUCUUCAUGGAACAGGUGCCAGGAGGAAGUCUUUCUGUACUCCUAAGAUCAAAAUGGGGACCAAUGAAAGAACCCACAAUUAAGUUUUAUACUAAGCAGAUCCUAGAAGGCCUGAAGUAUCUCCACGAGAACCAGAUUGUACAUAGAGACAUAAAAGGAGACAAUGUUUUAGUGAAUACAUACAGUGGAGUAGUAAAGAUUUCUGAUUUUGGGACUUCCAAACGCCUUGCUGGAGUCAAUCCAUGUACAGAGACAUUUACAGGUACUUUGCAGUAUAUGGCUCCAGAGAUUAUUGAUAAGGGACCUCGAGGAUAUGGUGCACCAGCUGAUAUUUGGUCAUUGGGUUGCACUAUCAUUGAAAUGGCUACAGGGAAACCUCCAUUUCAUGAACUGGGGGAACCACAAGCAGCUAUGUUCAAAGUUGGAAUGUUCAAAAUUCAUCCUGAAAUCCCUGAAUCGCUAUCUGCUGAAGCAAGAGCCUUUAUUUUGCUGUGCUUUGAACCUGACCCAAAUAAACGUGUCACAGCAUCUGAUUUACUUAAAGACCUGUUCUUGAAACAGCUGAACAAAGGCAAGAAAAACAGAAUUGCAUUCAAGCCCUCAGAUUAUAAUCGUAGCACAUCUCUCCCUUUGCCAGUCCAAGGAGAGCAGGCUGGCAGCAGCAGCAGUGAACAUGGCUCAGUCUCACCAGACUCCGAUAUGCAACAUGACAUGUUCUUUGAAAAGACAAAGCGCUCUGUGUCAGAGGUUCAAGCAAAGAAUACCUUUUCCCAUUUACUAAGUGUUCCUGACGACAGCUCAGUUUCAGAUGAGCGAAGUGCUUCUCCUUCCCUUGAAGAAAGGGAUUCUGGUCUUUUCUUGCUACGAAAGGACAGUGAACGCCGUGCAAUUCUCUAUAAAAUCCUCAAGGAGGAGCAGAACCAAGUUGCUUCCAAUUUACAGGAAUGUGUAGCACAGAGUUCUGAAGAACUGCAUCUUUCAGUUGCUCACAUCAAGCAGAUAAUUGGGAUUUUAAGAGAUUUCAUACGCUCUCCUGAACAGAGAGUUAUGGCUUCAACUAUAUCAAAGUUGAAAAUCGAUCUAGACUUUGACAGCACGUCCAUCAAUCAGCUUCAUCUAGUGUUGUUUGGAUUUCAAGAUGCAGUGAACAAAGUACUAAGGAAUCAUUUAAUCAGGCCUCAUUGGAUGUUUGCUAUGGAUAAUAUAAUACGACGUGCAGUUCAAGCUGCUGUCACUAUUCUUAUUCCAGAACUGCGAGCUCACUUUGAACCAGCAUCAGAGACUGAAGGAGUAGACAAGGAUGCAGAUGAAGUAGAGGAAGAUUACCAUCAGGCAGAGCAAAAAAGACAUGAGGAACCAGUUAUUGCAUCUGGAGUGUGCUUGCUCACAUCUUGUGUCCCCCCUGAUAAGCAGCAGCUUAGCUUGCAGUUAAGCAAGCUUAAGCAAGAAACAAACAGGUUAUUGGAAAGCCUGGUACAGAGAGAGAAAGAAUAUCAAAUACUCCUACGGCAAACAUUGGAGCAGAAAAUUCAGGAUUUGCAUCUCCUUCAGCUACAGUUGAAAUACAGUGAAAUUCCACCAUCACCACCUGCUCUUGAGCACAAUGUAGACGAAGAACUUAUUAAGUGGUUAAAACAGCAAAAAGCGGAUUCAGAUGCGAUUGAUAGGUUUGUUCAAGAGGAUUAUACACUUAGUGAUAUUCUAAACAACAUUAGUAAAGAUGACUUGCGAUUCCUUAGACUCCGUGGUGGUCUUCUCUGCCGAAUUUGGAAUGCAGUAUUAAAACACAGAAAACUCAACACCGCACUCGUGGAAAUGGAAGGUUAGGACUUCAAUUCUGCUAGGUGCUGAUUGGUUGAGGGGAAAAAGGAUAUUACAUUCCAACUAAGUUAUUAAUUUUUGUACAUACUGUCUGUAUACUGGUCCUGCAAGUUUUGCACAAAAGACACAUUAAACAGGCUUUCUUUGGAAGUGUUAUAUUAAAGAAUAGAAGGACCACAAUGCUUUCAUAAAUAGCAUGUUUUGUGAAUUUUCUUUUGGAAUUUAGCCAUUUUUGUACAAUAAUAUUUAAACAUACUAAAGUAUACACUGAUUUUAAUCAUGUAUUUUUUCCAGAUAUGUAAACUAUAUAGUAGCUGAAAAAAUGCUUGCUUUAGCCAUAGCUACAUCUAAAAUGUAGCUAUGCACUUUAAGCACUCAUAUUUAAAUGUAAACAUGGUGCAGUUCUUGGUAUAGCAGCUGCAUUUUUAAAAAUGUGUUUGGGCAGCUCUCACUACAUUCUGAUUAAUAUAAAUGAUUAUUGUGCUUAAUUGUAUAAGGCAUUGCAUAAAACCCAAGAGCACCUAAAAUGUGCAAGGAUUCUAAGCAAGGAGAAAGAAUGACAUAUUCGGUCAAAAAUAUACUUAAAAGGUUAAGGUUAAAAACAGACAUACUGAAAGCAGGCUUUUUUUCUUUAGGGAAUCAUGUGAGGGGUGGGGGAGGAGAGAAGACACAUAAAAUCCAUGAGAAGUAUUUGCUCAGGAAGUUUUAAUAUGCCUUUUUACUGUACAUAAUGCAAUUUUAGCUGAAGAAUUUUCAUAAAUACAGCAAUUCAGAACACCAUGAAGCUUUAUAUAAGUUAAUAAACACUGCUUAAUUCA